AUGCUAUUCCACACGCGCAUUGCCAUCGCUGUUUUCUCCGUGGUCGUCAUCUACUCAGUCAUUCUUGUGAAAAGAAGACAAGCUGAGAUCAACGACCUGUUCAGAUUCAGCGAGAGUUUGCCUCACAUCUUCGGACAGAUUACCUCACCCAGCUGGCCAUCCAUAUUCGGUGGUUCCGAAAAGCUUCACCUUCCUCACAUCCAGGACCUCUGCUCAGAAACAGUUUGGACCCCGAACCUUUGGCUCCACUGUCACAAGGGAUGUGGACCUAACGGGACAUCCCUCUGCGGCGGGCUCAACAACGCCCGGAACCGCAUAACAAGCUGCCUGCGAAUGGCCAUCGACGCCGGCGCGGGUCUCAUCAUACCCCCUGUAGCAAUGCGCGGCGACGACCUCGAGGUCGACCCCAGAGGCAAGGAGCACUGCGCGGACACCUGGUGGGACCUACGCUCGCUGCAGGACGCCAUGGCUGCCAACUGCCCACAGUUGCAGAUGCGCGUCGCCUGCGAAGGGCUGCCAUACAAAGAUGCGAUCCCUCCGCUGGGAAGCAUGGCAGACAAGGCGACGAUCGAAGCCCCGCCGCAAGUAAUAUGCCCGGCGCCGGGCCCAUGCUGGACAAAGGGGGCCUUCCGCAAGGGCCUGGCCCUGCCGGCGAUACUGGCGGCUUCGACAGACAAGAAGACCCCCACGAUCAUCCGGUACGCCGACUCGUUCCUCGGCUGGAACUACCGCGGCUCCGACGAGAUGGACACGAUCCGCAAGGAGCUGCACCUCAGCCUCCCGUUCCGCGCGCAGCUCCUCGGGCUCGGCGACACCAUCGCGCGCCGCCCGCAGCUCGGCGGCGGGGCCUUCAUCGGCGUGCACCUGCGCGGCGAGAGCGACUGGCCGUCUGACCGGAGCUCCCCGGACCAGCAGAUGGCGGCCUUCGAGGAGGAGAUGCUGCGGAUCCGCGGGAUGGGCCCGGAUGGUGAGGGAGUGUCGGCGGUCUAUGUCAGCUCGGGGGACCAGCAGGCGAUCCAGAACUUUCGGGAGAGGCUGGAGCCGCUGAACUUCACUGUGCAUGACAAGUGGACGAUCCUCAAGGAUGAGCCAAAGAUGCUGUCGCUGGUGAAUGAGAUGGAUUUUGAUUCCAUGGGGGUCAUUGAUUAUCAGGCCCUUGUCCGGGCUGAAUUCUUCAUUGGUGUCUUAAUGAGCACAAUGAGUGCAUAUAUCGCGUACACAAGGACUGCCAAUCACGAGGAGGAUUUCUUCGAUAAAUACAUCUUCCCGGAUGUUAAUUUCCUCGGCCCGAUUGCCCACUUCCCAGAGCCUUUCACCAUUCGGGGUAACAACCACACCAGCCUGCUGGUAACUGAUGGACAAUACUACAUGGACUCCUUCCCUUGA